AUGAAUGAAGCAAAUCGCGAGUUUGUUGGACAUCAAGCAUCAGACUUGAUCAAAUAUUGCUGGUUUGAUGGCAAACCAUGCUCGCACAUGGACUUUGCACAUUUUCCCAGCUUACGAUAUGGAAACUGUUACGUCUUCAACAAAGUUGAUGGAAGUAAAUUGCCUCUAAAAUCCACAUUAGAAGGAUAUAUUAGUGGUUUGGAGUUAGUUACAAAUCUAGAGGUAGAACAAUACAUAUCUUUCACUUCUUCCAUUGGACUGCGUGUUUUGAUCCAUGAUGCAACCGAAGAACCAAACCCAGAAGAAGAAGGAAUAAACAUAAACCCCGGUUUUGAAACAUCUAUAGCUUUGAAACAAACGGUUAUUGAACGGCUACCUGCACCAUAUCGGGAUCGUUGUAUAAAUUACUUAACUCGAGUGAAUCAAAGCAAUGAAGGAGAAUGCAUGAAAAUUUGUCUGCAGGAGCAAAGUUUUCAAAUGUGCGAUUGCAUUGACCCGACUGUGAUGAUACUUCCUGGUCUAAAACAUUGUAAUUUGCUGGAUGAGACGGAUGUAUGUUGCCUGGACAGCGUCCAAGACAGAAUUGCUUUAGGGGAUUUGCCUUGCGAUUGCCCGCUACCAUGUACUACGACAUCAUACGAGGAGGAGCUCUCUAAAGCUUUAUGGCCAUCGAAGUCUGUGUACAUUUUGAAUAGAACAGAUUAUUAUACCUUUGAUUACCUAAAGAAUAAUUAUGUCUUUUUGAAAGUAUUUUAUUCCACUCUGAUACAAAAUGUUUACACACAACUUCCGAUGUUUGAAGAAUGUGAAAUAUUUAGUCAUCUAGGAGGAGAGUUGGGAUUAUGGCUUGGGCUUACUUUAUUUGCUUUAUUGGAAUUGAUCGAAGUGGUAAUCUAUUUUUGCAAUGAUUUACAAGGAUAUUUUGCAAUGAAAUAA